AUGGCUGAUUCCGAUGUUGAAGAGGGUCCGCCCGCGCCGCCUGCGCUGCCCGCGCUGCCAGCGACACUCCCGCGUACUCUCACACUACCGCACCACCCAUCUUCGUCAUCUGUCCUUUCGUCUACGCGCUCAGUUAGCACCCCGUGGGGUACUCCUAGCCCGUCCCGCUGUCUGGCGACUAUGGCGGAGGAAGAGGCUUAUGAGGCUGAUUCGGAAGACGAUGAUGAAGGUACAGCGCUGGAUGAUAUUGUCCAGGAGACACUGGGUCACUGGAAUAAUCUGAGAAGCAGGGCGAGAAGGUCUCGCAACACAGACAUGUACAACCUGGACACGUUCAUCAGCAAGUGGGUGAAACAUCCUCGCCGGGCAAAGCAACUAGCAGAUGUGCUGCUCAAGCCUGAGGUACAGGCCGCUCUAGAGAGCAAGAACGUUGUUGUGAGAGUAGCGCAGGGCGAGGACGACAGUAUAAUUAGCAGAAUUCGACAUGAGUUGAAGCCAUUGCAAGUUGACCCAUCAUUCAGCGAGUUCAAGCCCGAAGAACAACAAGCAGCAGAUCCCACCACAGUUGAGGAUAUCUGUAAGACGGAAUGGCUGGACAAGAACCUCGCCAGAGCGUGGCCAACACUCAAGGAGAAGGCGCCUACUACAGUCAGAUUACUCUCGCAAGUCAUGCAGACUCAGUGGGAUAACGGCGUUUCGACAGUUCAAGCCAACAACGACUUCAAGAACCAGAUCUAUCUUGUUGUAUCUAUCUUGCUUGGCGGUUUCGCCCGCAAUAAAGCCAGCUUCCUGCGCGAUAUAUUGGGUCUGUAUCUCAUUGCGAACGGCACUGCGCGUCGAGCCAUUGAAGUCCUCAACCACAUCGGCGUCAUCCCCUCUUACGCAACUCUCAACCGCUUACUGAACCAGAUGGCGGCCAAGGCGAAAGAUGGUAUCAAGAAGGUGGCACACGACCCCAAUGGCAUCGUGGUAUACGACAACUUCAACUUCAAGAGUCGUGUUCGCGAACUGGCUGGCGGUAAGCAAGACCAGUUCAUCAAUCUUACCACAUCCCUCCUUCUUGGUUGCCCAGAGCUGAACGGCCCAUUCAAACAGUCCGACAUCGACAUCACUGUUCCGUUUACCAAGAAGAUGGUCAUCGAGUACCUCCUGCCACGGCGCCCUGUUAUCAACCAUGCGUCGCGAUGGCUAGUCAAGCAUUCGUUCCGCAAACUAUUCAAGAAGAACGUUGAGCCCUUGCCCGUGGUUAAGAGGGUUACCUUCCCUCGUUCUCCAUACAUUCAACUUGGCGCGAUAUUUGAGGACGAGGGCACGAUCGACGGCGUGUACGGAUUGCACGAGACGCUCUUCAAAGACCGACUAGACUUCAAGGAAUUCGCCGACCGCUUGGUGUUUGUUUACGGCGAUCAUAAAACGACGUCGUUCAUCCGGCGCAUCAAGAACUCACAGCUUGAGUCUGUCGAUAUAUGGGAGCAAAAGAAAUGGAUGCUUCCUAUCCCCGCCUUCUUCCAUAUCAAGCUCAACUAUAUUGAGAUGCUGUUCCGGGUGUUCUGGGAUACCGGUACCAAGACGACCUCCUCCGCUACGAUCUCGGCCGACGUUCAUUUCUUCCAUCGCGGCAAGAAUAUUACCAAGAAGGACAUCAAGUAUCACCAGGCGCUACCUCUUCUUAUACACGGGUAUACGGCUCGGAUCUUGGCGUUCAUCAUUGCGCAUCUGAUUGAAGAAGGCACACUGCAGGGGCCACUGUCAGUCGACGGCAUCUUGAAUGCGGUGGAGGCUAUGGACGAGGAUGACUUUGGGGGUGUAUUCGACCACAUCCUGCUGAUGAUGUACGAGGCAGUCCGUGUUGGUGAGUACGGUCUUCUUCGGGAGAUCAUUCCAAUGCUACCUGUCCUCUUCUGGGGAGGAAAAGGAUCGAACUAUGGCCCAGAGAUGCUGUAUUUCGCAUGGAUUCUGCAUCCCAGCGUCGCGAAACAGACUGGUCUCGCCGAAGCCAUCCUCAAAGGCGGGUUGAUUCGCUGUACGACCGCCGGCAGUGGCUACAAAGCCAUCGACUUGUUGUUGGAGCACGUCAACGCAUCGUAUGCGCUCGACGUCAAGUUCAACAAGAACUCCACGCACGAUAUCCAGGCGACGUUCUCCCGGCUCGCGCUCAAUGGCAACUAUCUCGCAACUAUUCGCAAGUCGGUUGAAGGCGUAUUCAGAGCCAAGCAGAAGGGUACUCACACUGCGGGGGACGCGACGGCAGACAUCAUCUCGUACGCCUGCAAGCUCUACAAGGAUGGAAUUACGCGGCGCCGGACGGCCGACAUCCCACCUGCUGGCUUCGAUGCCCCGGAUAUAUACGAACAGGGUCAGAAACAGCUGCUAGCGAAGCUUGCUGACUUCAAUGCCGUUGUGCCCGAGCCCAAGGAUGCAGCUGAUCAGCGGCUGAUCCCUGGCGUUGGUACAGGUGGUACAGAAGACGACGAAAUCGACUGGCUGGAUGAAGGGGAGCGAUUGUUCCACGUUACCGAAGAUGACUUCUGGCGUGUAGACUUGAAUAAUCAAGACGACGAUGUCGGCGGAUUGGGAAUUUGA